GACGCAUCUGCGCGGGCACGCCAGGGGCGCCGGCAGGUGCGGGAGCGCGGGCGCGCGUGGGCGUGACGCUGCGCGGCGAAGCCGGAAGCAGGGCGGGCGCGCGCGCCGGCAGGCGAGCGGGGCGGGAGCGCGGCGCGCGGGCGCCGGGAGCGGACCAUGGAGGGUCGCCCUGCCGGUGGACGGCCGUCCCGGGAGGAGGAGGCCGAGCCGCCGGGCACCUCUUGGAGCGGGGACAGCGGUAACGUGUCCCAGAGCCACAGCAGCGCCUCGGGGCCGUGGGAGGACGAGGGCCCCGAGGACGGCGCGCCCGGCCGCGACCUGCCGCUGCUGCGCCGCGCCGCCGCGGGCUAUGCCGCCUGCCUGCUGCCCGGGGCCGGGGCGCGGCCCGAGGUGGAGGCCCUGGACGCCAGCCUGGAGGACCUGCUCACCAGAGUGGACGAGUUCGUGGGCAUGCUGGACAUGAUCCGCGGAGACUCGUCCCACGUGGUCAGCGAGGGCGUGCCUCGCAUCUACGCCAAGGCCACGGAGAUGCGGCGCAUCUACAGCAAGAUCGACAAGCUCGAGGCCUUCGUGAGGAUGAUCGGCAGCAGCGUGGCCAGGAUGGAGGAGCAGGUCACCAGGGCCGAGGCCGAGCUGGGGGCCUUCCCCCGGGCCUUCCAGAAGCUCCUGCACACCAUCAGCGUGCCCUCCUUCUUCACCAAGCCGGCGCCCGGGAGGCCGCCGCACCCCGCCUACGAACCGCCGGUCCUGUUCCGUACUGAGGACCACUUCCCCUGUUGCAGCGACAGACCCCAGCUCUGAGUCGCCCGGCCCUGCUGCAGGAGGACCCCAAACGAGACUCUUACCCCGAGUAUUAAGUUAAUUAAAGGUCCUGAUCAUAGGCGUUUAGGAUGUGGCGUAUGGAGUUUUCACGUUUAUUUUCUGCAGACAACACAGUAUAUUCAUUAUAUUCCACGUGGAAAGUAUAGUUUGCCUUCGUUUUCAGGUCUCAUCUAGAAGCUGCUUGGUGGGGAAUGGGGAAGCAAAACGAAUGAACUCCCUCUGUGCACUGUGGCAAAACUGUUAUUUUUUAUGGAUUUUACUACUCGACUAACAGUAUUGCCUUUUCAAGAUUUAUAUAUUUAUAUAAGCAUAAGAAAUACUACUGAGCCAGUAAAGCCUUGUUAUUAUUCAAUUGCAA